AUGGGAAUCACCGAGAAUUCAAUUGUGGAGGACACACUCGCAUGGCCCGCCAGUAGAGUUCGCUCCACAUUCAUUGACUUUUUUUCGCAGUCGCACGCGCACACGUUCGUGCCUUCGAGUCCAGUCGUUCCUCACGAUGACCCCACUCUCUUGUUCGCGAACGCCGGUAUGAACCAGUAUAAGCCAAUUUUCUUAGGAGUGGCUCCCCCGGAUUCCUUCCUGUCGACCCUGAAGCGUGCGUGCAACUCCCAAAAGUGCAUCCGUGCAGGAGGCAAGCACAACGAUCUCGAUGACGUCGGGAAGGACACUUACCAUCACACCUUCUUUGAGAUGCUUGGUAACUGGAGUUUUGGAGACUACUUCAAAGCGGGCGCGAUCGACAUGGCAAUGGAACUCCUCACUGGAAAAUACGGACUCCCUGCCGAGCGCAUUUAUGCUACGUACUUUGGAGGCGAUGGUAAGCAAGGCCUAGAACCAGACCUCGAGGCGCGUCAGUUCUGGCUCAAGUACUUGCCGGAGAGCCGCGUGCUCCCGUUUGAUUGCAAGGACAACUUUUGGGAAAUGGGAGACACUGGACCAUGUGGGCCAUGCACCGAGCUUCAUUUUGACAGAAUUGGAGGUAGGGACGCGUCCGCACUGGUCAAUAUGGAUGACCCCACCGUGAUUGAGAUAUGGAAUCUCGUAUUUAUCCAAUUCAACAGAGAGCCCGAUGGCUCUCUCAGGCAACUCCCAAACAAACAUGUUGACACAGGCAUGGGCUUUGAGCGCGUCACCUCUAUUCUUCAAGAAAAGAUGUCUAACUACGACACAGAUGUUUUCAUGCCGAUUUUCGAAGCAAUUCGGAUUGCGACAAGUUGCAGGCCCUACGCCGGACUUUUGGGGAAAGAGGAUGUUGACGGUGUCGACAUGGCUUAUCGUGUCAUCGGAGAUCACAUUCGCACCCUCACGAUCGCCGUUACGGAUGGUGCCGUGCCAGAUAGCGAUGGCCGAGGCUACGUGCUUCGUCGAAUCCUCCGCCGUGCAGUUCGGUACGGCCGAGAAUUUCUAAAGGCACCAGAUGGUUUUUUCUCGGGCCUUGUUGACUCCGUUGUUGCUUCAAUGGGAGAAGCCUUCCCGGAGCUUCAUCAGAAGCGCGAUCAUGUCGUUGAGAUCUUAGCACACGAGGAGACCACCUUUUUGCGCACUUUGGGUCGUGGAACUGAACGCUUUAAGCAAAUCAGAAGAGAACUCGAGAAGACUGGCGGAAAGGUUAUCUCAGGAGCGGAUGCCUUCUUCUUGUAUGACACAAUGGGAUUUCCGCUUGAUCUCACGCAGCGAAUGGCAGAAGAGGUCAAUCUUUCUGUUGACGAAGACGGAUAUCACAAGGCAAUGGAGGCUGCCAGAGAUAUGUCGCGCAAUGAUCGCGCCAGCAGGUCUGGUGUUGAUGGAGUUAGACUUGUUUUGGAAGCUGAGGAGACGGCAUAUCUUGGCAGCAAAGGGAUUGUGCCCACCAAAGAUGACGCAAAGUACAUCUGGAACGAGACUCCAAGCGCAACUGUAAAAGCCAUCUUCGGUGGUGGCCGUGGCAACUUCGUCGAGUCAACAGAGAAGCUCGCUGAGGGGGCGGUUUUCGGAGUUAUUCUGGAUUCUACAAGCUUUUACGCGAAGGCUGGUGGUCAAGUUGCUGACACUGGCUUGUUGCUCGAUGCAACGAGCGGGAAUUUUCUCUUUGAAGUGACAGAGGUUGAGGUAUUUGGCGGCUUCAUCCUCCAUAUUGGGAAAAUGGUCUCUAAUGGACCCGGAUUUAAGGUGGGAGGUGUGGUGUCUUGUGCAGUGGACUAUGAAAACAGAGGAAAGAUCGCGCCCAACCAUACUCUUACGCAUGUUCUGAAUUUCGCUCUACGAAAAGUUUUGGGAGAUGGCGUUGAGCAGAAGGGUUCCGAAGUUGACCACACUAAGCUCCGAUUUGAUUUCUCGCAGAAAAAGGCCUUGACGAGUAAACAAGUGGCUGAAGUGGAAAAGAUUGUGUGUAAGACCGUAGAGGAGAGCAAGCCAGUUUACACCCGGGUAACUCCGCUGGCAGAUGCGAAAGCAAUUCAUUCAUUGCGUGCAGUCUUUGGUGAGACGUACCCAGAUCCCGUUCGCGUGGUCUCGAUUGGUGCUCCAGUGGAAGAUUUGGUGGCUGAUCCAUUGAACGAGGCCUGGUCUGCCCUCAGUAUUGAGUUUUGUGGAGGCACUCAUCUGCAAAACACAAAAGAGGCUGAAUCUUUUCUUAUCAUUCAGGAAGAACCAGUUGCUACUGGAAUAAGACGCAUCACUGCAGUGACUAAGGAUGCCGCAGUUGAGAAAGCUGAAGUAGGCAAGGCAAUUGAGGAAAAGGUUGCAGCCGCGGAGAAGCUUACCUCUGCGCAAUUACCUGACAUAGUACCGGCGCUUGUUAAUGAAGUGAACGGGACAACCAUGGGUGCAGUGCAGAAGAAUGCGCUACAUUCUAGAAUGGCUGUGCUGAUGAAGAAAUCAACGGAAGAGUUGAAAAUACGUUCGAAGGGUGCUCUUGAAGAAGGUCUUCUUGCGGCAGAAAAGGAAGUUAUGGCCGCCAAAGAGAACGGAAAGAACCUGGCAGUUGUCUUGGUGCCACUCGAAGGUGAUGGCAAAGCAUUAAGCAAAGUCGCAACGAAGUUCGGAGGAAUGUGGCCCGAGGGUGCGGUAAUGGCUAUUUCAGUAGAUCACAAGAAAAACCUUGUGCGUGUUUGUUCCGUUAGUACAAAAAUACCGGCAAACAAAUGGGCGAUGGACACGAUGGCUCCUGCAGGGGGCAAAGGAGGAGGGAAGGCAACGGCAGCAAACGGAACGUGCAAGUUCCAAAGUGACGAACAGGUCGAGGGAAUAGUAGCCUUUGCCAAACAAUGGACGCCGUAGAAACCUGUUCGUCGCUUCUUGGGCUUUAUGAUCAAUCCAGAGUCACUCUUAGGACCUGAAAUAAGUCAUGCAGAGCCGGACGCCAUACAUGUAAACUACGAGAAUUGACUAA